GAAGUUUUGCCUGCCCAGGAGCAAAGAACUAUUUGUCUAUGCCUUGAAUAUUGAUUCUUGUUUUUUGAAUACAUAUCUGGCACUCUUUCGCCUUAGGACCCUUGAGAUACCAGUUUUUCUUAAUUCGAUUUCAAUAUAGUCCGAGUUUUUUUCUUGCUACACCGGUGAACACGUCGCUUAUUGGUCAAAAUGCGGUCUCCUGCUACACUCCGACUACUGCCGCCUGUCGACGAGCUCGUCGCGGCAAGGAAAGCCAGCGCAUCAAGUUCAUCUUGUCCCACGGUGAGGGAUCAGGAUGAAAAAGAAGAUGAACAACCUGAAGUCCCAGCAGAGCAGAAGGAACUAAAAAGCAUGCAUGACACGAUGAAAAAGGACGUGGCGGCUGCGACGAACAUGAACCCCAACAAGCCACCUUUGCCACCAGAGAUUCAGAAGUUGACCGACGAGUUUUGGUCGAAGUAUACACCUGCAAGUAUGCGUACAUUGCUUCUCGCUGAUCAAAAUAUACGCGUCAAAAACGUCCUUUUCACUGUGUCCGCGUUGCUCUUCACCGUACCAGUGGGUGUCAUGUAUUGACUAAGCUUUUGAUUCCAUCAACACAGGAAGAAUUUUACUCGUCCUCUGGCCCGUUCAUCGAUCCUCAUGAACUACAACAGUUGGCGCACUCUCAUGUCAACAUCACUGCUUAAUAUCUGAAUGAUCAGGUACCUCACUCAAGCAGCUUUGGCAGCAACUCUUAUCUCCCUCGAUGGUGACUCGCAAUGGAUUAUAUCUGCAGUGGUCGCAGUAUUUAGCGUGAAUGUCAUUCUUGCGUGUUUCUCAUACGUUGCGUAUUGUGAUGAGUGUAAAAAUUGGGCAGACAAGCAGAAGCUCCAAGCAAUGGAACGAGACCAGCUGCAGAGCAAGAAGAAAAGCUGAUUCGGUCUAUUCAAAAAACAAACUCCUCUUCCUGCGCACACUCAUUCGCAACCUCAAUAAAUACCUGAAACUCCGUCUCUGUUCUUCUUAAUCUUGUUGCAGUUUUGUUUUCGUUGCUGAUGCAUGAAGCGGUGUGUGUAUAAAAUCGCUCAAUUGAAUGGUUCGAAGAUCUCAUACUUCUCUCUAUAAGCAGGAACAACGUACAGGUGCAAAGUAAUUUUGCAUGUUCAACUUUCAUAAAGCACAGUGGCCCCUUGAGGUUUUGAGGCAAGAACGAGAGGAGCGAACUACCUUUGCGAGAGAAAGGAUAAAAGAAACAACUGGCAUCUAAAACCGUGGGUUAUUUGAAAGUGCUACACGCUCGCGUACCUACGUAUCCC